GCAGUCCCGCUCAUCUGCAGCCUCCGUGUAGACGCAGCAGUAACAACGAGGGGAUAACAAGUAAAACGGUCUCGUUUUUUGCCACCAUGGGCAGCUUCUGCAUGCUGACGAGGACCCGCUGUGUGCUCCGUCAGGUUUUGCUCGGCCCGUACACCGCCAUGGAGCGCACGUACAGCCUCGACGUUUCCGCACGACUCCUGCGGACGGAGGGGUUCGUGGACGGCCGCUGGAUCUCCGCCGCCUCCACGUUUCCCGUGUCGGACCCGGCGACCGGGGAGGAGCUGGCUAAGGUCGCCGACUGCGGGCCGACGGAGGCGAAGCUAGCUGUGGACGCGGCGUACAAAGCCUUUUACAUAUGGAAACGGUACACAGCUAAGGAGAGGAGUGCCCUCUUGAGGAAGUGGUUUGACCUGAUGACGCUUCACAAAGAAGACCUGGCCAAGCUGAUCACCUUUGAGAGUGGGAAACCUAUGAGAGAGUCUUUGGGAGAAAUUGGGUACUCAGCUGCAUUUGUUGAGUGGUUCUCUGAGGAGGCUCGUCGAAUGUACGGCGACAUCGUACCGUCUCCUGCCAAAGACCGAAAGAUCCUCCUGCUCAAACAGCCUGUCGGUGUGGCCUCCAUCAUCACCCCGUGGAACUUCCCCAGCGCCAUGAUCACCAGGAAGGUGGGAGCUGCUCUGGCCGCUGGCUGCACUGUGGUGGUCAAACCAGCCGAAGACACACCACUGUCCGCCCUGGCACUGGCAGAGCUAUCAGCCGAGGCGGGGAUUCCAGCAGGAGUUUUUAAUGUAGUGCCAUGCUCCAGGGAGAAGACUCCUUCAGUAGGGGAGGUCCUCUGCACGGACCCCCUGGUGCAAAAAGUCUCCUUCACUGGCUCCACAGCUACUGGCAAGAUCCUCCUGAAGCAUGCUGCAGGCACUGUGAAGAGGGUUUCAAUGGAGCUGGGUGGCAACGCUCCUUUCAUCGUGUUUGACAGCGCCGAUGUGGACAAGGCAGUGGCAGGCGCGAUGAACUCCAAGUUUCGGAACUCAGGCCAGACGUGCGUGUGUGCCAAUCGGUUCCUGGUCCAGAGUGGAAUCUACGACCGUUUCACAGAGAAGCUGGGCCAGGCCAUGGACGCCGAGCUCCGUUUGGGCCACGGCUCAGAGCCCACCACCACCCAGGGUCCGCUUAUCAACGUAAACGCUGCUAAGAAGGUGAUGCAUCAGAUUUCGGAUGCUGUGUCCCAGGGGGCAAAGGUGCUGAGGGGGGGUAAGCGGCUUGAGGGGUCAUUCAUGCAGCCCACCCUGCUGGCCGACGUCACCACAGACAUGCUGUGCACCCAGGAGGAAACAUUCGGCCCCCUCGUACCGGUCAUCAGGUUCAACACAGAGGAAGAGGCCCUGGCCAUCGCUAACGCGUGUCACAUGGGGUUGGCAGGCUACUUCUUCUCCCAGGACAUAAGUCAGAUCUGGCGCGUGGCUGAGGCACUGGAGGUGGGCAUGGUUGGCGUCAAUGAGGGUCUCCUGUCCACCGUGGAAUCCUGCUUCGGCGGGGUCAAACAGUCGGGCCUGGGAAGCGAGGGCUCCAAGUACGGCAUCAAGGAGUACCUGGACAUAAAGUACAUGUGCUUCGGCGGAUUGACCCCUUGAGAUGGGGCAGACGGACAGAGUCUCUCUCUCUCUCUCCCUCCCCCCUACCCCAGUCACACUACAUGAAGUGCAGGUAUGACAAUGGUUUGUGUCUGACUUGGUAUCGGACUUGUAAUGUUUUAGGCAAAGCCGUGUUUGUUAACUUGAAAAAAAAUAAAUUUAAGUACAGUCCAACUGGUCCGUGUCCAAAACCUGCUUGUCCACUGGAAUUACAGUGGCUGCCAGCUAGUAGCUCCAACCCCCCCCA